AUGCACUCGGUCUGGACACCCGGGGUCGCGGCUGGAGUGCGGCCGGCCGCCUACCUUUCCUCCAGUUCCCAGCCUGUGCCGCCUGCACGGCUGCUGUUGAUGUUGCCGCUUCUUCUGUCACUGGUAAGCUUCCUCCGGGCACAGCCCGCUGCAGCCCCCGGACGGGCGUUGCUGUCCCCGGAGCUCACUGGCGUCUCCGGGGUCCCCACCGAGGACGCCAUCGUCCUGGCCAACCGGGGGCUCCGGGUGCCCUUCGGCCGGGAGGUCUGGCUGGACCCGCUGCAAGACUUAGUGCUGCAGGUGCAGCCCGGGGACCGCUGCACCAUCAUGGUGCUGGAGAAUGACGCUCUGGCCCAGCGACCGGGGCGCCUGAGUCCCCCAACGCUUGCGUGCGACUUCGGCCUGGGAGAGGUGCGCUACUCGCACCUGGGCGCCGCAGCUCCGUCGCGGGAUCGGGUGCGGCUGCAGUUGCGCUACGACGCGCCCGGAGGGGCGGCCGUGCUCCCCUUGGUCCUGGAGGUGGAGGUGGUGUUCACCCAGCUGGAGAUCGUGACGAGGAACUUGCCUUUAGUGGUGGAGGAGCUCUUGGGCACCAGCAAUGCCUUGGACGCGCGGAGCCUGGAGUUCGCCUACCAGCCCGAGACGGAGGAGUGUCGCGUGGGCAUCUUGUCGGGCCUGGGCGCGCUGCCUCGCUAUGGGGAACUCCUACACUAUCCGCAGGUGCCCCCAGGGCAGGUCCUGGAAGGGGUCAGAGGAGAGCCUCUCUUGAUGAACUGCCAACCCUUCCUGGAGCUCGGCGUGCGCUAUCGCCACACAGCGCACAGUCGCUCGCCCAAUCGGGACUGGGUGCCCAUGGUGGUGGAGUCGAGCAAGGGAGCCCCCGUGGACAGUCCUGCUUUGAAACGCGAGCACUUCCAGGUGCUGGUGAGGAUCCGUGGAGGGGCGGAGAACACAGCGCCCAAACCAGCUAUUGUGGCCAUGAUGAUGAUGGAGGUGGACCAGUUUGUCCUGACCGCCCUGACCCCAGAUAUGCUGGCUGCCGUGGACACUGAGUCGCCCCCUGACCAGCUCAUCUUCAACCUCACUUCGCCCUUCCAGCCAGGCCAGGGCUACCUGGUGAGCACCGAUGACCGCAGUCUGCCCCUGUCUUCCUUCACUCAGAGGGACCUGCGCCUCCUUAAGAUCGCCUACCAGCCUCCAUCAGAGGAUGCUGACCAGGAGCGUCUUUUUGAGCUAGAGCUGGAAGUAGUGGACCCUGAAGGAGCUGCCUCAGACCCCUUUGCCUUCAUGGUGGUGGUGAAGCCCAUGAACACUUUGGCCCCGGUGGUCACCCGUAACACCGGCCUCAUUCUCUACGAAGGCCAGGCUCGGCCCCUUACAGGCCCUGCAGGCAGUGGACCUCAAAACUUGGUUAUCAGUGAUGAGGACGACCUCGAGGCUGUGCAGCUGGAGGUGGUGGCAGGAUUACGACAUGGUCACUUGGUUCUUAAGGGGACCUCCUCUGACUCUAACCCCAAGACUUUUUCAGUGGCUGAGCUAAUGGCCGGCCAGGUGGUCUACCAACAUGACAGCAGAGAUGGUUCUCUCAGUGACAACCUGGUGCUACGAAUGGUGGAUGGGAAUCGCAGACACCAGGUGCAGUUUCUAUUCCCCAUCACCUUGGUGCCUGUUGAUGACCAACCACCGGUCCUCAAUGCCAACACGGGGCUAACACUGGCAGAGGGAGAAACAGCACCCAUUCUUUCCCUCAUGCUCAGCGCCACUGACAUGGACUCUGAAGACUCUCAGCUGCUAUUUGUGCUCGAGUCACCCUCCUCACCAAUUGGGCAUCUGCUUCUUCGCCGGCCUCACCCGCCCCCAAGGGAGGAAGAGGAGCUUCUUGGGGGUCCUUGGAAGAAAAAGGGAGCAUUUUAUGAGCAAAUCGUGACAGAGUGGCAGCAGCAGGACAUCACAGAGGGUCGGCUAUUCUACAGACACACUGGUCCCCACAGUCCAAGGCUGGUAAUGGACCAAUUGACUUUUCAAGUUCAGGAUAACCAUGACCCUCCAAAUCAGUCAGGGCUACAAAAGUUUGUGAUCCGCAUUCAUCCCGUGGAUCGCCUUGCCCCAGAGCUGGGCAGUGGCUGUCCCCUCCGCAUGGUGGUACAGGAAGCCCAACUCACACCGCUUAGGAAGAAGUGGCUGCGUUACACUGAUGUGGACACAGAUGACCGGGAGCUGCGCUAUACAGUGACGCAGCCCCCCAUGGACACAGAUGAAAACCAUGCACCUACUCCCCUGGGCACUUUGGUCCUGACUGACAAUCCAUCAGAGGUUGUGACCCACUUUACCCAAGCUCAGGUCAAUCACCAUAAAAUUGCCUACAGGCCUCCAGACCAAGAAUUGGGAGUGGCUGCCCGUGUGGCUCAGUUCCAGUUCAAGGUGGAGGACCGAGCAGGGAAUGUGGCUGCAGGUACUUUCACCCUCUACUUGCAGCCAGUGGACAACCAACCACCUGAGAUCCUCAACACAGGCUUUAGUCUGCAGGAGAAAGGCCAUCACAUCCUCAGUGAAACUGAGCUUCGAGUGAAUGAUGUGGACACAGAUGUAGCUCAUAUCACUUUUACUCUCACCCAGGCACCUCAACAUGGCCAUUUCAGCAUGUCAGGACAAAUGUUGCAUGUCGGGGGGAUCUUCCAUUUGGAGGAUAUAAAACAGGGUCGAAUUUCCUAUACCCAUAAUGGAGACAAGUCCCUGACUGAUAGUUGUUCUUUGGAGGUCAGUGACAGACAUCAUGUGGUACCCAUCACACUCAGAGUGAAUGUCAGGCCAGGGGAGGAAGGGCCCAUGUUGAGCCUUCCGGUUGGCACUCUGGGGUCUUAUCUAGAUGUUUUAGAAAAUGGUGCUGCUGAAAUUACAGCCAAUGUUAUUAAGGGGACUGGUCAGGACACUGAUGAUUUGAUGUUAACGUUUCUCUUGGAAGAUUCACCCUUAUAUGGAGAAAUAUUACUCAAUGGUGUUCCAGCAGAGCAGUUUACCCAAAAGGACAUCUUGGAGGGCUCUGUGGUCUAUGCACAUACUGGUGGUGAGAUAGGUCUCUUGCCCAAAGAGGACUCUUUUAACCUUAGUCUGUCAGACAUGUCUCAAGAAUGGAGAAUGGGAGGCAAUACUAUCCAAGGUGUAACUGUGUGGGUGACCAUUCUUCCUGUUGAUAACCAGGCCCCAGAAAUCUCUGUGGGUGAACGGUUUGUAGUAAAGGAAGGUGACAAAAAUGUUAUAGCUUCAAUGCAUAUAACUGCUGCAGAUAUUGAUUCCCGAAAUGAUGACAUCUUGUGCACUAUAGUUAUUCAGCCUACGUCAGGUUAUGUUGAAAACAUUUCUCCAGCACCAGGUUCUGAAAAAUCAAGAGCAGGAAUUGCCAUAAGUGCCUUUACCCUAAAAGAUAUCAGGCAGAGUCAUAUUAACUAUGUCCAGAGUGUGCAUAAAGGGGUAGAACCUGUAGAAGACCGGUUUAUAUUUCGUUGUUCGGAUGGCAUUAACUUUUCAGAGAGACAAUUCUUCCCAAUUAUAAUAAUUCCCAUCAAUGAUGAGCAACCAGAAAUAUUUGUGAGAGAGUUUAUGGUGAUGGAAGGCAUGAGUCUAGUGAUCGAUACACCCAUACUCAAUGCUGCUGAUGCUGAUGUUCCCCCAGAUGACUUGAAGUUCACCAUUACCCAAUUCCCUACUCAUGGCCACAUCAUGAACCAGCUGAUAAAUGGUACAGUGUUGGUUGAAAGCUUUACUUUGGAUCAGAUUAUAGAGAGUUCCAGCAUUAUUUAUGAGCAUGAUGACUCUGAGACACAAGAAGACAGUUUUGUGAUUAAGUUAACAGAUGGUAAACACUUUGUAGAAAAGACCAUUCUCAUUAUGAUUAUUCCAGUUGAUGAUGAGACCCCCAGAAUGACCAUCAAUAAUGGAUUGGAGAUAGAAAUUGGGGAAACUAAACUUAUCAACAAUAAAAUAUUAAUGGCAACUGAUUUAGAUUCUGAAGACAAAUCCUUGGUUUAUGUUAUUCGCUAUGGACCAGGACAUGGCUUAUUACAGAGACGAACAUUUGCAGGUGCCUAUGAAAAUAUCACUUUAGGCAUGAAUUUCACGCAAGAUGAAGUAGACAGAAACUUAAUUCAGUAUGUCCACGUGGGACAAGAGGGUCUUCGGGACUUAAUUAAAUUUGAUGUGACUGAUGGAAUAAAUGCCCUCAUUGACCGAUACUUUUACGUAUCUAUUGGGACCAUUGACAUUGUUUUCCCUAAUGUGAUAAGUAAGGGAGUAUCCUUGAAAGAAGGUGGAAAAGUCACUCUCACAACAGACCUACUAAGUACCAGUGAUCUGAACAGUCCUGAUGAAAACUUAGUUUUUACCAUCACCAGACCUCCUAUGAGAGGUCACUUAGAGUGUACAGAUCAACCGAGAUUGUCCAUCACAUCUUUCACGCAACUCCAACUAGCAGGCAAUAAGAUCUAUUAUAUCCACACAGCAGAUGAUGAGGUGAAGAUGGACAGUUUUGAGUUUCAAGUCACUGAUGGACAUAACCCUGUCUUUCGGACAUUCCGUAUCUCCAUUAGUGAUGUGGACAAUAAGAAGCCAGUGGUCACCAUAAAUAACUUGAUUGUUACUGAAGGUGAAAACAAAUUGAUCACUCCUUUCGAACUCUCUGUUGAAGACAGGGAUACCUCUGACAAACUCUUGAAAUUCAUUGUCACUCAAGUGCCUGUUCAUGGUCAGCUCCUUUUCAAUCAAAGCAGACCCAUCAUGGUUUUCACCAAACAAGACUUAAAUGAAAACUUAAUCAGUUACAGACAUGAUGGCACCGAGUCAAGUGAAGACAGCUUUUCCUUCACAGUGACUGAUGGCUCCCACACAGAGUUCUAUGUUUUUCCUGACACAAUAUUUGAAACAAGGAGACCCCAAGUGAUGAAGAUCCAGGUGUUAGCUGUUGACAAUAAUGUCCCCCAAAUUGUCAUCAACAAAGGAGCCUCUACACUUCGUCAUUUGGCUAUUGGCCACUUGGGAUUUAUGAUUACUAACAAAAUAUUGAAAGUGGAAGACAGAGACAGUUUACAUUUCUCCCUUCGAUUUAUUGUGACAGAGGCCCCUCGACAUGGAUAUCUCCUCAACUUGGGCAAAGGCAACCACAGUAUCUCCCAGUUUACACAAGCUGACAUUGAUGACAUGAAAAUAUGCUAUAUUUUAAGAGAUGGGAAUAAUGCCACAAGUGAUAUUUUUCAUUUUACUGUUGAAGAUAGUGGUGGAAACAAGUUAACAAAACAGCAUUUUCGUUUGAAUUGGGCAUGGAUCUCUUUUGAAAAGGAAUAUUAUCUUAUCAACGAGGAUGCCAAAUUUCUAGAUGUUGUUCUUAAGCGUAGAGGGUACUUGGGAGAAACUGCAUUUAUCAGUAUUGGCACAAGAGAUGGGACAGCAGAAAAAGACAAAGACUUCAAGGGCAAAGCUCAGAAACAAGUCCAAUUCAACCCAGGCCAGACUCGAGCCACUUGGAGGGUGCGGAUAAUGAGCGACGGAGAACAUGAGCAAUCAGAGACCUUCCAGGUGGUGCUCUCAGAGCCUGUUCUGGCCGCCUUAGAAUUCCCCACUGAAACCACAGUGGAGAUCAUUGACCCAGGAGAUGAAUCAACUGUCUUCAUUCCUCAGUCUGAAUACUCCAUCGAAGAAGAUGUUGGUGAGCUGUUUAUCCCUAUCAGGAGAAGUGGAGAUGUGAGCCAGGAGUUGAUGGUGAUUUGCUACACGCAGCAAGGAACAGCCAGUGGAACCGUGCCAACAUCAGUACUAUCCUACUCUGAUUACAUCUCUAGGCCCGAGGACCACACCAGUAUUGUUCGCUUUGAUCGAGAAGAGCGUGAGAAAAUGUGCAGGAUCAUAGUGAUUGAUGACUCCUUAUAUGAAGAGAAGGAAACUUUCCAGGUCCUUCUGAGCAUGCCGAUGGGUGGAAGAAUUGGAUCUGAGUUCCCAGGAGCACAGAUUACUAUUGUCCCUGAUAAAGAUGAUGAACCCAUCUUUUACUUUGGUGAUGUGGAGUACUUAGUGGAUGAGAGUGCAGGCUAUGUGGAAGUGCGGGUCUGGAGAACUGGCACGGAUCUAUCCCGGUCUGCCAGCGUCACGGUGAGAUCUAGGAAAACUGAGCCACCCUGUGCAGAAGCUGGAACAGACUAUGUGGGAAUCAGUCGUAAUUUAGAUUUUGCUCCUGGAGUUAAUAUGCAGACUGUUCGUGUUAUCAUUCUGGAUGAUCUUGGACAGCCAGUGCUGGAGGGCAUUGAGAAAUUUGAACUGGUGCUUCGUAUGCCAAUGAAUGCUGCUCUGGGAGAGCCAAACAAAGCCACAGUAUCCAUAAAUGACUCUGUCUCAGAUUUGCCUAAAAUGCAGUUCAAAGAACGAAUAUAUACUGGCAAAGAAAAUGAUGGUAAAAUAGUUGCAAUGAUCCAUAGGAGUGGAGAUGUUUACUAUAGGUCUUCAGUGAGAUGUUACACACGACAGGGAUCUGCCCAAGUGAUGAUGGACUUUGAAGAGCGUCCCAACACUGACCUCUCUGUUAUCACAUUCCUCCCUGGUGAGACAGAAAAGCCUUGUAUCCUUGAAUUGAUGAAUGAUGUACUGUAUGAGGAAGAAGAGGAGCUCCGUUUGGUUCUUGGCACCCCACAAAGCAACUCUCCCUUUGGGGCUGCAAUUGGUGAACAAAAUGAAACUCUAAUCAGGAUCCAAGAUGAUGCUGACAGGACAAUUAUUAAAUUUGGAGAAACUAAAUUUAGCAUCAGUGAACCCAAAGAAGCUGGACAAUCUGUGAUUUUAAGAAUUCCAGUGAUUCGACAAGGUGACACUUCCAAGAUUUCCAUUGUACGAGUUCACACCAAGGAUGGCUCUGCUACCUCAGGAGAAGACUACCAUCCUGUGUCAGAAGAAAUCGAAUUUAAGGAAGGCGACACCCAGCAUAUUGUUGAAGUAGAAGUGCUUUUUGAUGGGGUAAGAGAGAUGAGAGAGGCUUUCACUGUUCACCUAAAACCUGAUGAAAAUAUGAUAGCAGAGACCCAGGUUACCAAAGCUAUUGUAUAUAUUGAAGAAGUGAACAGCAUGGCAGAUGUCACUUUUCCUUCUGUUCCUCAAAUUGCAUCCUUAUUGAUAUAUGAUGACACUUCUAGGGCCAAAGAGAGUACUGGACCCGUGUCUGGUUACCCUGUCAUUUGUAUUACAGCUUGCAACCCUAAAUAUUCAGACUAUGACAAAACGGGCUCUAUUUGUGCAAGUGAGAACAUCAAUGACACUUUGACCCAAUAUCGAUGGCUGAUCAGUGCACCUGCUGGGCCUGAUGGUGUGACCAGCCCCAUGAGAGAAGUUGACUCUGACACCUUCUUUACAUCAUCCAAGAUGAUCACACUGGACUCCAUAUAUUUCCAGCCAGGCUCCAGGGUGCAGUGUGCAGCUCGUGCUGUGAAUGCUGAUGGCAAUGAAGGCCUGGAACUGAUGAGCCCUAUUGUAACCAUUGGAAGAGAAGAAGGUCUUUGUCAGCCCCGGGUGCCAGGAAUUGUGGGAGCAGAACCAUUUUCAGCUAAACUACGCUACACAGGUCCUGAAGACCCAGAGUACACAAACCUAAUCAAGCUCACUGUCACAAUGCCACACAUAGACGGCAUGCUUCCUGUGAUCUCUACCAAAGAACUUUCCAACUUUGAGCUCACACUCAGCCCUGAUGGCACAAGAGUGGGAAACCAUAAGUGCUCCAACCUCCUGGAUUACACUGAGGUGAAGACACACCACGGUUUCUUGACUGAUGCUAUAAAAAAUCCAGAAAUAAUUGGAGAAACAUAUCCUUACCAAUACAGCUCUUCGAUCCGAGGUUCCAGCACCUUACGUUUCUAUCGAAACCUGAACCUAGAGGCAUGCCUGUGGGAGUUUGUCAGCUACUAUGAUAUGUCAGAACUUCUCACUGAAUGUGGAGGUAGCAUUGGAACUGAUGGGCAGGUCUUAAACCUCGUGCAGUCCUAUGUGACCCUUCGAGUUCCUCUGUAUGUUUCCUAUGUGUUUCAUUCCCCCGUUGGGGUAGGAGGUUGGCAGCAUUUUGACCUUAAGUCUGAGCUUCGAUUAACUUUUGUGUAUGACACUGCCAUCUUGUGGAAUGAUGGAAUUGGCAGCCCACCUGAAGCUGAACUCCAAGGUUCUCUCUAUCCAACCAGCAUGCGCAUUGGUGAAGAGGGACGGUUGGUUGUGAAUUUCAAGACAGCAGCUCAAUUCCAUGGCUUGUUUGUGCUCUCACAUCCAGCAUCUUUCACAAGUUCCAUGAUUAUGUCAGCGGAUCACCCAGGUCUGACCUUUUCCCUUCGCCUGAUUAGAAGCGAGCCAACCUACAACCAGCCAGAGCAGCAGUGGAGCUUUGUGUCUGAUUUUGCAGUGCGUGACUACUCAGGGACCUACACUGUGAAACUGCUCCCAUGCACCACUUCCUCCUAUCAGGAGUAUCGCCUGCCAGUCACCUGCAACCCAAGGGAGCCCAUCACCUUUGACCUUGACAUCCGAUUCCAGCAGGUCAGUGAUCCUGUGGCAGCUGAGUUUAGCUUGAAUACCCAGAUGUAUCUGCUCUCCAAAAAGAGUCUCUGGUUAUCUGAUGGAUCCAUGGGAUUUGGGCAAGAGAGUGAUGUUGCUUUUUCAGAAGGUGACAUAAUUUAUGGCCGUGUCAUGGUAGACCCUGUCCAGAAUCUUGGUGAUUCCUUUUACUGCAGCAUUGAAAAGGUAUUCCUGUGCACUGGAGCUGAUGGCUAUGUCCCUAAGUACAGUCCAGCCAAUGCAGAAUAUGGAUGCCUAGCCGAUUCUCCUUCACUUUUGUAUAGAUUUAAAAUUGUGGACAAAGCUCAGCCAGAGACACAAGCUACCAGUUUUGGGAAUGUCCUGUUUAAUGCAAAGCUGGCCAUUGAUGACCCUGAAGCUCUUUUCUUAGUGAACCAACCUGGAUCUGAUGGAUUUAAAGUUGACUCAACACCACUCUUUCAGGUUGCUAUGGGGCGAGAAUGGUACAUACACACUAUCUACACGGUAAGAUCUAAAGACAGUGCUAACCGAGGCCUUGGCAAAAGAAGUGUGGAGUCCCAAUACCACUCAGUAGUGGACCAGGGAAAGCCCCAAGUAUCGAGCAAGAGCCGGGAUAAAAGGGAAAUUAGAAGCAUCCCCCCACUGGCAUGGGAAAUCGGAGCAGAGAAGAACCGAGGCACAAACAUCCAGCACAUUUCCUUGGAUCGCACCCACAAGAAGCAUGUACCCCACGGGAGAAUUCCUCCUGAUGGCCUCCUCCCCCGGGAACUCAACAUGCAGGGUUCUGAGUUCAACCUGGUCAUGGCUGUGGGAGGCGUGGUGCUGGGUUUGCUAAGCCUCUGUCUCACAGCCAUCCCAGUGCUGUUGUGCAAGAAGAAGAAAAAUUCACGGAGGAAGGCAGCCCCCAAGGGCUCUGGCAGCAGUGAGCCCAUGAUGCAGAGCCAGCACAGUGACAGCUCAGAGGUUUGAUGGCCGUGGAUGGACCCAGCAUUCAGCAAAGACAAUACAAAGCCAAAUCCCUCUGUAAAUGGCAGGG